CAAGGAGGAGGGGGGGCUACUGUGCGACUUGCUGGACAGGACCUGAUGCUUUCAUUCACUCAGAGGCGGAGCAGGAACAAAUCUGAGGGCUGCUGGGAAUAAACCGAGGAAACUCACUGAAGCAGCACACCGCUGGGAGUUGGUUGGCCGGAUAAGUCGGAGAACAUCAAGGAAAAGGAAGGGGAAAAGCUGGGCCGUCACUUCCAAGAGACAAGUCAAGGGAGUUGUUAAUGCAACAUGAUCUAGGGGGUCUUGCCCUAAAAAUACCUCUGGGCAGGAGACUGGCAGCUCUCUCUAUCAACUUAUUCACCUGGUGAUCAACAGUUUCUUUUUCUUCUUUUGACAACAACUGAGGUCCAGAGAACAGCAGUUUUAGAAGGCUUUAUCCUUGGCAGAUAUGCUUCAAAAUAGUUUUGAUUUGUUGUUUUUUUUAGUAAAAGAAAAGUACAUACUAUAUAUUCAAAACAUGUGAGAACCUCUGCUAACUGUAAUGCAUAUGUAUAUGUGAAGAAUUUUGGUCUGGAAUAUCACACGAGGGGCCCGAUCAGUGCUAUAGUCGUAUAAUUUAGUAGGACAGUUAAAGAAUCCAUUGGAGGGUCCGCCGAAUCGGUUCAACCAUGAGGAAAGCAGAGGUGCAAAUGACGCUGAAAAAGGGGGCAAAUGAGGCUGCAGCGCCCCCGAGCCCCACUGUCCCGCCGAAACGGUCCAAAGCGAGCCCGGAGCACGUCGGCGCAGACCCCCGGGGACCUACUUAUCCCACCCAGACGCCGCCUGUUUUCGUGCGCAAAAUGAGGAACGCCGCCGUGGGGACGGGCUGUGACAUCCGCCUCAAGGUGACGGUGGCUGGCGACCCCCAGCCCUCCCUGUACUGGUACCACAACGAUGACCUCCUGGACAUGGAGAACCAGGAGUACGGGGGCCUGUGGAUUAGGGACUGCAAACCGAGCGAUGCCGGCCUCUACACCUGCAUUGCCAACAAUCACCUGGGAGAGGCCCGGAGCAGCGCUGUACUGGCCGUCUUGGAUCUGGGCGAAGAUUCCGAAACAACAGAGGAUGAAGGUGGAGACCAAUUUGAGACCAAAGAAGAUAGUGGGGAGGUUGAGGACCAGGCUGUGUAUCGAGAUGCAGUGAUGGACAAAUGUCCAGAAGAUGAUAAUAGAACACAUGGACAUGAGGAUCACUCAAACACAACCAGGAGUCAGACAGAGGAUUUUUCAAGAGAAUCUCCACCAGAAGUCCUCCCACCCCCAUCCCCAAGACUUGUCAAACGCCCCUCCACCUCUCCAAUGCCAAGUCGCUCUGGUUCAACUACACCUCUCAGCUUGCGGAAGAAAACUGUUGUGCCAACUGAAUACCAAGACACAGUUCCUGGGGAGUUUGAAGAAAAGGUUAAGCAAACAAAAUCUGUGUCCCAAAGUACCACCCAGGACUCUCGUUCGCAGACUCCACUAAGUGACUACUCCCGCAAAGAAUUUACCCUUAGACCAUCCCCAAAGCUUACCAGGGCAAGUUCAAAGGUUUUUGAGAAGGUCCGUGGCUUAGAAGAGCGAAGAAGAAGCCUUGAUAUUCCAGAAGGAUCCCUUUCUGGAAGAUCCUGGGCAGGGUUCAAUCUUGCUGGAUCCGUUGAUUCUGAUGAUGGAGGAAGCCGGUUGGGCAUCUCAAGAGAAAGUUCAAGGGAAGAUCUUCGGGAGGCUCUAAAAGAGGAUGCCGAUGAGAGGAGAUCUAUGUUUAGACAGAGAGCCGCUUCGCUGGAGGAGAAACCUCGCUACUCCCAAAAAGUUCAGGACAUUGAGAACAAGUUCACAGAGGAGCUCCAGCGCAUCAAAAAACUUGUUGGAAAACCUCAUAUGAAGAAAUCGUUUUCAACCGAGCAGCUCACCCUGAGGGCCAAGCAGCGCCAGCCUUUAAGGAAAAUUGAACCUAUUCCUCCCCAAGUCCUCCAAAAGCUUCAAGAAAGGGAACGUGCCCAGUGGGCAAAGGAACAGAGGGAUAAGGAUUUAAGUGUGCAACCAAUGCAGCAACAACAGCAAACACAGCAAGAACAGCAUAAAUCACAAACCCAAAAGAAAGCAAGCACUGGUACAACCAUAACAGUCAGUAGAUUUGGAGAGGUUGCAGGCACCCCAGAGUCAAUGCAGUUAUCUGACUUACCUGGACAACGAUUUGUCAGAGAAUUAAGUAGAGUCAGUCCUGUUACAGAAAUUGUUCAGAGAUCAUCAUCACCAGCAAAAUACCAUCAACAAAGGGAAGACUCACCAAGUAGAAACAUUGCUGAGAUGACUUUACGCAAGGUUGAACGAAGGCCACCAAGUCCGCUUGUACAAAGGGUAUCUAGAAUGCAGGAAUCCCCAUACAUCCAAGAAUCUCUUUUGCAAAAGGAGGAAACUUCAGGGAGGAAGACACCAAUAGAAGUAGUAUUGAGAAAAAUUGAAAGCAGACCUGAAAGUCCAAUGGUACAAAAACAGGCCGUGAUUGUGCAAGAUCUUCCUCCUCAACCACCUCAAAAACCUCCAAGGAUGUCACCAGUCAGUCCAGCAGAGGAGAAAAUGGAAGUGGAGCAAUCAAGACCGACCUCUAAGAUAAGAGUCCCUACAAUUAUUGUUGAAGAUGAGGUUAUGGAAGUAGAUGUUCCUGGGAAGACAAGUGGUUUGCAACAGGUUAUCACUGGUGCCAAAGAGGCAAAACAGCAGAAGACCAAAGGAAAAAACCGUCGCCCUCGACCCAUGUCUCCUGAGUUAGAUUCUUCAGACGAUUCUUAUGUGUCUGCUGGAGAAGACCCAAUGGAGGCCCCUGUAUUUGAAUUUCCCCUUCAGGACACUGUAGUGUCUGCUGGUGCAGAUGUGCUGCUAAAAUGUAUCAUUGCUGGAACCCCCAUUCCUGAAGUUACCUGGGCAAAAGACAACACCAACUGCAUUGGCAUUGCAAAUAGUACAGUCAAAGUGGAGGGUGAACGACACAGUAUGCUCAUCAAAUCAGCAAAAAUAAGUGAUGGGGGAAAAUACUCUGUAACUGCUGUUAAUCAGAUGGGGAAAGCCUCCAGCAGUGCCACGCUUACAGUUAAUGCAGAGCCUGUACAGGAGCCCAAAGGAAACCUGGGUGUGCCCAUGUAUAUCAGCAGCCCUAUUACAUCUGAUGAGGAGUAUCUCAGUCCCCUGGAGGAAGGCAUGGAUUUUGGAGUCCCAGAGCCACGGCAAAUUAUUGACACACGAUUCAGGAAACCCCCUGCAUUUCUGGUAACAGUGAGUGAUCAAGCUGUCAUUGAAGGACAGGAAGUCACCAUGUCUGUCCGAAUAAGUGGACAGCCCAAACCCAUGCUCUAUUGGCUGAGGGACAGAGUCACGGUGAAAACAGGCCCACGUCACAUUGUGCGUGAGACAGAAGAUGCCACUUUUGAGAUGACGAUUAAGUCGGCAGCGAGGUCUGACUCCGGCAUCUACACCUGUAAGAUCAUCAAUGAAUAUGGAACAAAGCAUUGCGAGGGAAAGCUGGACGUAAAAGCUUCACCAGUUGAGCCAGGCCUGGCUGUCAUCCGCCAGGUCAAGGACAUCACAGCCAAGGCUGGGGAGACAGUUUUGUUUGAGUGUCAUGUCAUCGGACCGAAAGACACCGAUGUGGACUGGCUUGCGGACGGCAAACUUAUCCAGCCGGCAUUGCUCAACUGCAAGAUGCACUUUGACGGAAGAAAGUGCCGGCUGCUGCUCAACUCAGUACAUGAGGACGACGGCGGGACAUACACGUGCAAGCUCAGCACAGCCAAAGAGGAAGUGACCUCAUGUGGCAAACUCAGAGUCCUCCCCUCCAUCGAACCUCUCUUCACUCGCAAGCUGGACGUUCUGGAAGUGAUCGAGGGGCGCAACGCUCGGUUCGACUGCAAAGUCAGUGGGACGCCAUCACCUAAGGUCAUAUGGACUCACUUUGACCAUCCGCUCACAGAAAGUGAAGACCUUCGUAUUCUCCAGGAGGGCGGUCGCCACUCUCUCAUCAUUUCGCAUGUGACCAACGAGGACGAAGGUUUCUACACCGUCAUAGCCCGUAACAGUCAGGGCGAGGCUGAGAGCUCAGCUGAACUCUACAUACAAGAACCGCGGCCAGCCAUCUCGUCACAGAUGUCAAAACUAGAGAAGAUGCCGUCCAUCCCGGAGGAACCAGAGGUCCCAGAGAACGAGGUGGAGCGUUUCACCAUGCCUGACUUCAUCAAACCCCUUUAUGACCUGGAUGUGAUCGAGGGAAAGGAGGCUGUGCUCAAAUGCAAAGUGGCUGGUUUGCCAUACCCCACCAUUGUCUGGUUCCACAAUGGCAAAAGGAUUGAGAGCACAGAUGACAGAAAGAUGACACAGUUUCGUGACGUCCACAGCCUGGUCAUCCGCUCUGUGUGCCAUUCCCACGGGGGCGUCUACAAGAGUGUCAUCUCUAACAAAGUAGGCAAGGCCACCUGCUAUGCUCAUCUCUAUGUUACAGAUAUCCUCCCUGACCCCCCUGAUGGGACUCCAGUGAUAGAAUCCAUCACUGGUAAAACCAUCACCUUAAGCUGGAAGAAACCAAGGAGGCUGGACCCUUCGAUUGAUCCCAAUGCCCUGAUGUAUGCCAUUCAACAACAAGCCCUGGGCUCCAUCCAGUGGACCAUCAUAGCCUCUGGCCUAAAGGAAACGACCUACACCAUCAUCACCCUCUCCAAAGGAGUCCGCUAUGCUUUCAGGGUCCUGACCAUCACCUCCAAGGCUUUCAGCAAGCCCUCCACCGCCACCGACCCUGUGCAGCUCCUGGACCGAGGUCCCUAUCUCCUGGAAGCCCCGGUGAUUACUGAUAAGCCAGAAAUUGUAUAUGUGAUGGAAAACCAGACAGUUACCAUCACUGUUACCCUCAAUCAUGUCAAUGCUGCAGUCAUCUGGAAGAGAAGGGGAGUGGUCCUGGCCAGCAGACCCGGCCUGUACGAGAUGACAAUGCCAGAUGACGACCAGCACACGCUGAAGCUGCUCAAAGUGAAGAGUGCUGACAUCGGAGAGAUGGUGUUUAUGGCCUCCAACAAGCACGGCAGUGACAGCUGCACCUUCAGCGUAGAGAUGGCAGCUCCCCCAACAUUUGAAACUAUCAUGGAGGAUUUGGAUGUUUGUUCUGGAGAGACCCCGCGCUUUGCUGUGGUUGUGGAGGGCAAACCAAUUCCUGACAUCCUCUGGUUUAAGAAUGAUGUCCUGCUAUGCGAGAGCAGUCAUUACACAUUUGUGUACGAUGACAAUGAAUGUUCCCUGGUGGUCCUAAACGCUUGUACAGAGGACUCUGGGGUGUACACCUGCACUGCCAGGAACUUGGCAGGAUCUGUUUCUUGUAAAGCUGAACUCACCGUUCAUGAAGCUAAAAGUAAAGAGGAUCCAGUGGACGAUGAGGAGACUAUUCGAAGGAAAAUGCGGAGACUGAGUGACUACUAUGACAUCCAUAAAGAAGUUGGAAGAGGCGCAUUUUCCUAUGUGAAACGUGUGACCCAGAAGGUAGGCAAAAUGGAGUAUGCAGCAAAGUUUAUCUCCACACGGGCCAAGAAGAAAGCAUCUGCUCUGAGAGAGAUGAACCUCAUCUCAAAGCUGGACCACGAGAGAGUCCUUUACUUCCAGGACGCCUUUCAGAAAAAGAAUGCCGUCAUCAUCAUCACUGAACUAUGCCAUGAAGAGAUGCUUGACAGGUUUACAAGGAAAUCUAUAGUAAUGGAGUCUGAUGUACGGUCAUGUAUAAGGCAACUGCUUGAGGGGGUUGACUACCUUCAUCAUCUAAACCUCAUACAUUUGGACAUCAAGCCUGAUAACAUCCUCAUGGCAGACCCUCAUAGUGAUCAAAUCAGAAUCUGUGACUUUGCCAACACAGUUGAGAUCACGCCAGAUGAAGCUCAAUACUGCAAAUAUGGCACACCGGAAUUUGUUGCACCAGAAAUUGUCAAUCAGACCCCUGUGUCCAAAGCAACAGACAUCUGGCCAGUUGGAGUUAUUGCAUAUCUGUGUCUGACAGGAGUUUCCCCAUUUGCUGGAGAGAAUGAUCGUAGUUCUGUGCUGAACAUCAGGAACUAUAAUGUCGCCUUUGAAGAGAGCAUGUUUGCUGACCUUUGCCGGGAGGCUAAAGGGUUCAUCAUAAAACUGCUGGUAGCCGACAGGCUGAGACCUGAUACUCAGGAAUGUCUGCGACACCCCUGGUUCAAGACACUUAGCAAGGGGAAGGCCAUAAGUACAGAGGCCCUAAAGAAGUUUGUAUCUCGCAGAAAAUGGCAGCGUUCCCUAAUCAGCUAUAAAUCAAAAAUGGUCAUGAGGUCCAUACCCGAACUGCUGAAUGAUUCGUCCAGCCAUAUCUCCAUUGCAGUUCCCCGGCACCUUAAAGAGGGUUCACCUUUGCCAUCAUCAUCUUCAGAUUCUGAUGAAGACAUUGAUGAAUUGCCAUUCAUUCCAAUGCCACUUCACAUGGAAUUCUCUGGAUCAAGGAUAUCACUGAAUGACAUCCAGAACAAUGAGCAGGAAACAGGGAAGCAGAAUGGAACAAGUAAAUGCCUGGGAUCGCCUGUUCAAGCACAGGAGGCAAUGGAGUGUGACCCUAAAGAAAUGGAUAAAGAAGGAGUUGAAGUCACAGGAAAAGGCCGCCACCGGAAAAGGUCAACACAAGACAAUGACAAGGGUUCCUCAGAUGAAGAACCUCCUGCUGAAUUGCCAAAAAAGUCAGAGCUGUCUAGAAAACCACUGCGAAGGGGUUCCAGUAUGGAGUCAGACAAACCAGAGGGUGGACGACGCAGAGGAGAGCUUAGACGUGGGGGCUCAGCUGACAGCGCAUUGCUGCUCCGGAUUCCAGCUGAGGAAGGAGCUGGAGAGGGAAACCAAGAUGAUGACAGGAGAGUUCUGAAGAAAGCUGUAUCUAUGGAACUACCAAGGAGAAGCACCAGCCCAGGAACUGUCAAGAUGAGUCAAGAAGACUAUGCUCUAAAACUGGAGCUAAUGAGGCAGCGACUGCUUCGUGGUGGCUCUGUGGACAAGAAAAUGAGUGGACUGAGAGGGCCACUGCUGGAAACAUUAGGAAUGGGAGAUGAAAAACGUGCAAUGCCCUCAGAUCGCUACUCUCGUACUGCUCGUUUAGGCCCACCACCACUUAUAAGAGCUGCAUCCAGCGAUUCUCCAAGGGACGAAGUUCUCAAACCCCAAGUUUUGCGUAAAAGUUCUUCUUUCAGUCAAGGUGAUUCGGAGCCUAUAGCUUUACACCGCCGUUCUGGAGCUCCUCUUGAGAUUCCCCUGGCACAGGUAGAAGAAAGAAGGCUAAAGGAAGCAAUAUCUAUGUCAGCUUUAACUGAGCAAAUCAAGCUAGACUCCCGCCCAGUGACUCCCAGGGAACCUUCACCAAAACCACCAACUCCAGAGUCUGUUGUGCAGGAGAGUCCUACCAAAACAUUGAGUGAGGAAUCAUUAAUGGAGAAGGAGAUAAAGCCUGAUGAGAGUAUAAAUGAAAAGAUGGAUGGGUUGACUACAGACAGUAAUUUUGAUGAAAGAUCAAGCACAAGUGGUUUCUCGGAGAAGGACAUGAGCAUAUCAGAAGAUCCAAUUGUUGAAUCAGAGUAUAUGGGCCAGAAAAUUCUUACACCUCCUCUUGUGGUCCACAGCUCUAAACUAGAAGGAAAAAUGGAAGGAGAAGAAGUGAAAGAGGUACAUGAAGAAAAAGAGUCUAUGAAAGAUGAAGAGGAAAGGAUUGUCAGUGUUUGUGAAUCAAAGACAAGAGAAAAUGUCGAAGUUAGUGUAGAAAAUGUAGAUGAGGAAGUAGAUAGGCCAUCUAAAUCUUCUGAGAUGAUCAUAACCACAAGCUCAGUUAUAGUGAGACCAACACAAGAAUAUUCCAAUUCCCCAGCAAAUGUCUUGUCAACUCAUCUAACACCCUUGCCUGCUGCUCUAGUUGUUCUUCCAGAUGGAAGGACUUCAGCAUAUGCCAGUAUUAUGCAGACAAUCAUGGUCCCUUCAGUUCAGCCUAUUAAUGAUCCAACUUUAGGCCCCUCUACACCUGUUUUUGUUCCAGCCACGUUAUCAUCCACAGUAUCAACUGAAACAUUUCAGCCUUCAUCUGCCCCUGCCAGCAUAUCUUCUGCUUUACCAGGUGUGCCAAAGCCAGCCACCAUUUCAACCACUGAGCACCCUGCUGUAUACUCAAGGGUGGCAUCACCAGAAAUGAUGACAAAAGAACCCAGUCCACCAAAGACUACCACAAAUUCCUCAUCCCAACAAGAGCUUUCACCAGGUAUGGAAUUCGAGGACAUUACCUCUGAAGAAGUCUUUGAGGCACGCUUUAAAAAACGUGAGUCCUCUCUCUCAAGAAGUCUAAAAUUUUUAUCCCGUUCUAAGAAUGAUGAAAAAUCACAAGCAACUUCCUCAGACGCUACAGAACCAGGCGAGGAGAUAUACAGACCUGGGCCAAUUGGUGCACCAUUGGAAUUAGCAUCAAGGAGACUUGAAGAGAAGUCGAAGUCAGUCCAGGACCUUCGUGAAGCUCAAAAGGACCAAGGCUUCAUGAGAAGACUCUCUAUGCGCUUGAAGAGAACCCCAUCAACUGAGCGCAAGGAGGAAAUUACCAAAGAAGAAGACUCAGUUGCUUCAAGACGAAGGCUUUCUUGGACUCUUGGCCGACGAGGAUCACAUGAAAAGAAAGAAGUGGAGAUGACACGCAUGGAUGGUGGUGGCGACACCUUGGUAGAACAAGAGGAAAAGGAGCUUAAGAAACCUAAUGAAUCACCAGUCUUGGCAAUGCGAAGGAAGAUUGAAUCAACAGUGGCUGGGAUCUCUACCAGAAUUCGUAGCUACUCAGAGGAGAGGAGAUCAUCAGAGGAAAAGGAGCAAAAGAGGACACCCAUUCUGUCCAUGCUUCGUCGUUCAACAUCAGAAAGCCGUGCGGUGAAGGUCGCCAGUGUUCCACAGAACCAGCUGGCAUCUCAGGCCAGCAAUGGCACUUCAUCAGAAUCUCUAGACUCCAUGGCCAGCUUAAAGUCAGAAACAUCAAAGGGUAUGGAGGUUGAGCGCAGAUCUCGCUGGGAUAGAUGGGGCCUGACCAGAGGGAAGCGAGACAAGACAGUAUCCCAGCCUGACAUACCAACAGCAAUCUCCAGAGAAAACAGUUCCUUACGUUCACGCCAGUACUCCAAACUGGCCUCUGAUUUCGCUCCCGUAUUCCACAUCAAGCUGAGAGAUCAUGUCCUGCUGGAGGGGGAUCCAGUCACACUCAGUUGUCUGCCAGCUGGCAGCCCCCACCCACAAAUCACCUGGAUGAAAGAUAAGAAGCCCCUGGAGAUUGAUGCCCGAAUGAAUAUGAUUGCCUGCCCUGAUGGCCGGCAACUACUGAUGAUCAUGCACACAACCAAAAAGGAUGCAGGGGUUUAUGAGUGUGUGGCUACAAAUCCACUUGCCUCUAUGACCAGCUCUUGCACAAUAUCCCUUGCUCGCCUGCCUAAUCGUCCUGGGACCCCUGAGAUUCCUCAGAAGUACAACAACUCAGCCUUAGUACUGUGGAGGCCCUCAGACAACAUGGCACCCUGCACAUACUCUCUGGAGAGGAAAGUAGAGGGUGAGACCAACUGGCUGAUCGUGGCAACAGGGGUGGCCGACUGUUACUACAAUGUGGUCGACCUGCCUGUGGGGGGCUCCUACAGAUUCAGGGUGGCCUGUGUCAACAAAGCUGGCCAGGGCCCCUACAGCAACCUCUCAGAAGUAGUGAGCCUGGAUGCUUCAGAAUCGGCUAAAUCUAGUGCAGCUGUGGUGGUCAAGACUGUCCCUGCGACUACUCCUCCUCCCCCUGUGGUCAUGAUGUCAUCCAUGAAAGUGCCUCCCAUUAAACCAGCUCCUGGCAAGUCCACUACAGUGACGCUUGUCCAACCUGUCCCUCCCUCUCCUCCAGCUCCCACUCCAUCUUUGGCUAAAUCUGCUUCUCCGAUGACCAUCAAACCUACUGUUCAGGUUCAAGCUAGUCAUCCUGCUGUCACUCCCUCUAUUACUGUAGCCCCCUCUGAACAAGCUCCUGCUCAGACCACCACAAGUGUCCAAGCCACACCAGCAAAAGCCAAAACCACCCUUAGCAUCAGUGUGAGCAAACCCCAAACGAGGUUGGCACCCCCCCCUGUUGUUCCACCCAAACCCAAGAGUCCUGUAAAUGCAACCACCCCCAAAACUAACAAACCCCCAUCUCCUGUACCGCCCCCUGCACCCGUUAUGGGGAAACCCAUUUCAUCCGUGCCGAUGUACGCGGCAACUGCAACUGCGCGUGCUACCCCGCCUUCUCAAUCCAGUUCAAUCCCGACAACCACCACCCGCUCAGUCACUCCUGUGAUGGUCUCGCCAACUGUGGUCGUGGUGCAGAGCUUUACGCCUGUGCUGCAGGGAGGGGAUAGCCGGAGUACCCCAUCUGGACGGGUCACCCCAACAGGACGGGUCACACCCUCAGGACGCAGGACACCCAUGGGCAAGCCUGGAGAGGGAUCUCUGCGCCAGGGAGUUCCACAGAAACCUUACACCUUCAUGGAUGAGAAAGCAAGGGGUCGUUUUGGUGUUAUCCGAGAGUGCCGAGAGAACGCCACAGGAAACCUCUUUAUGGCCAAGAUUGUUCCAUAUGAGGCAGACAGCAAGCAGGCAGUGCUGCAGGAAUAUGACAUCCUCAAGUCCCUUCAUCACGAGAGGAUCAUGGCUCUGCAUGAAGCUUACGUCACACCACGCUACCUGGUGCUUAUCUCGGAGUACUGCAGUGGAAAGGAGCUGCUCCACAGCGUCAUAGACAGGUUCCGUUACUCUGAGGAUGACGUGGUGACCUAUAUCAUACAGAUCCUCCAGGGUCUGGACUACCUCCAUACCCGACGCAUCCUCCACCUUGACAUCAAGCCAGAGAACAUCAUCGUCACCUACAUGAAUGUCAUCAAACUCAUAGACUUUGGCAGUGCUCAGAGUUACAACCCACUCUUCCUCAAGCAGUUCAGCCCUCCUAUUGGGACACUGGAGUACAUGUCUCCAGAGAUGUUGAAAGGGGAUGUGGUGGGCCCUCCGGCUGACAUCUGGAGUGUAGGCGUACUGACUUUCCUCAUGUUGAGUGGCAGGUCUCCUUUCAUGGAAAACGAUCCGCAGGAGACUGAAGCCAGGAUCCAGGCAGCAAAGUUUGACCUCUCUAAACUCUACCAGAAUGUGUCCCAAAGUGCCUCUCUGUUCCUUAAAAAGAUCCUCUGUAGCUACCCUUGGGCCCGUCCAUCUAUUAAGGACUGCUUCAACAACUCCUGGCUUCAAGAUGCCUACCUGAUGCGCCUUCGUAGGCAGACUCUCACCUUUACAACCACCCGUCUCAAGGAAUUCUUGGCCGACCAGCAGCGCAGGCGAGAGGACGUUGCAACCAAGCACAAAGUCCUCCUCCGGUCAUACAGGAGCUCCACACAAAACCCCACCAGCCCCAUCACGCCAAAUGUGCCAGCCUCACCCACCACGCCCGUCACACAGUGAAAACAAGCUUCCAAAAAAAAAACAGUGGUCGGGACUGUACAGGGUGGAAGAUCCUCAAGAGUGAGACUUGACUUUUGGCCACGAGGUGCGAUGGUCCCUUCAGGUCUGAGAUGUUGAACUUGGUCAGAAGAAGAGAAAACUCAUGAAACCAGCUGUGGCCGUGAUCUACGGAGACAUUCUUUUCCUUCUUUGGUUCUUAAAGAGAAUUUAAAAGAGUGAUUUAUUGUCUAAGGAACUCUUACAAAGUUAUCAGAGCCUGACGGCAUUUUUUUAUAGCAUGUCUCUUGUUCAGACAAGGCCAGACGGUGUCCGCAAGUAGUACCUCAAGGUUUGUAACUUACAUACAUUUUGGAUAUUUCUUUCUUCUUCUCUUAGGAUCAACUCUACACUGAUUACAGGGGAAACAUAAUAAUACAUUGUAGAAACCCACCAUGGAAAUCUAGUGAUGAAUUACUGUUAUGGAGUGUUGAUGUUACACAACAUUGUUUAAUUGAAGUACAAGUCAAGUUAAUGUUCGAAAACAAAUACUUAGCAGACCUGCAAAACAAGGACAGCUGAAACAAUGAUGCCUUUUCCGUAGUAACACCUCAAACCUCUAAGUGUAUUAUAGUCUAAUAUUCAGAUGCCAAAUGACCACACGUUCAAACUAUGAUGUCUAAUUCUCUGUCCUCGGGUAAAGACAACCGGAGGCUCUCCAUAACCGAAUCUAUUACUUUAACUACAUCAGUGUAAUUUGUGCUACCUGAGUUUUUAUAUUGCUAUAGCAACUAAAAUGAUGGUCAAGAUUGUAGCAGCUCCAGAUAGAAGGGAUAGAGUUUAUCAAACGUAUAUAUUAUUAUAUUGAGUUCUGAAGAUGCGCUUGAGGGUUCUUUCCAAGGGCUAUUACAAAAGAAUUCUUUUACUCAGCACAAAUUUCCUCCCUAAUGUUGCAUCAAGUGACUCCACGCAGUGCUGUCACUGUGUUGGCUCUUGGCAGAUACUUGUUCCUUCACCACAAAUAAGCUAUCAAACACCUCAUUGGCUUCCAAUUCAACAACACUCUUCCACUCAGCACAGAUUGAUAUUUACACAUUUAAAAUGAGGUUUUCAAGUUUGCUGAGUCAUUUCGUCACUCCGUACUUUGACUGUACAUAGAGAACUUUGUCUGAGUUCUGAGACCUUCAUUAAAUGUGAAAUUAUUUUGGGGGGUUAGUGGUAAACUGAGUAACUUUAAAACCCACUGGUGACAGAGGGGUGUGUCAAAGUGCCCUUAAAGAGUUAGCAUUGGUUCGCAUAAAAAUAUCCUCUCAAACUUUAUAGAGAAAGGAUGUUGAUUAAGACAUUGCUGGGUGUAUUGGUUCUUAUUUUAGCUCUAUCGUUUAAACGCUAACAGCUAAGCUUCUGCUUUCUUUGGUUUAGGAAUGGAUUUAAAUAGGUUAUAAAUAGCAUUCAAUUCUACACAUAUAAUUGUUGAUUUAUUAUUUAUAAAAGUGUAAUACACCUUUAUGGUUUCCUCGACGCUUUCAAGGCACUGUAAACAGUGACCAAAAGAUACACUCAAUAUCUGCAGCCUGUACAAAAUAUGAUCAGAAAUGUUAAAGUCUGAGACAAUGCAUACACCUCAAGGAAAAAUAGAAUACAUUUGAAAUGUUCUUCUUCCUUUAACAAAAUAUAUUGAGGUACAGUAUCUACCUCUUCAUAAGUAAAAUAACAUGAAUAAAAGUCAAGUGUAAAUGAACAAACCAUUUAAUCAAUCAUAGAUGAAUCCCCCCCAAAAAAGUCUUACUCACACCAAUGAAACAAAAAAAGAGACUUGUCCUCUUUAGGGACAAUACUGAACUUUGCCAUAAAUUGACACUUGCUGUUUAAAAGUUAAACUGUAUAUUAUCUAUGUAGACAUGUGCAAAUGAUUACUGACAUAAGUAGACAACUUUUUCUCGUUGUUUUACAUUAUAGUCUGUUUUCAAAUAAAAUGUCAGUCUCACCUCUGAGAAAUAUCUACAGUAAUAUCCAACUUUUCCCUGAGGGUUGCUCAUCCUAUACACUAGUUGUGGAAGUCUGUCUUUGGGUAUAAUUAAGAACGAUUUUUAAGAAUUAUUAGAUUCAUCCUCAAGAUGUAUUGUUUCUAUUAUAUUGCUUUGCCUCUUGAGGGCAAGUUCAGUUUGAAGACCAGCAUUUGAGACAUUGGCACAAAUGUCAGAUGUUUUGAUCAUUUUACUGGUAUCAACUACAGAUCUGUACACUUACCACAGAACCUGUCAGUGUGUGACAGUUCUAAUUAAGUUUUAAAGUAAAUAUCAAGGUAUCCCUAGCAGACCCUGAUGAGUCUUUUGGGGUGGUAUGACACUGCAUCUUCGACAUCAAAUUGUGAGCUAAUUUCAAUAUGUGUACUGACUGACAGAGGUUGCUUGUAAUUCUAUGAAAGUAUUUUACUAGUUCUAUGUAUUCUCAUGCUAUUGCUAGAUACAUACUGCAUUUUUCUGCAGCUCUUUGUCCCUUUGGCUCAGUGGUUUAUCUAUGCAGAGUAGAAGUUAAUCACAAUGGGAGUUGCUUCAAACCUAAAUGAAAAGAUGAAAGAUCAGCAUGAGAACACAAUGUUGCAUAAAAUCCUAAAUGUCUGUGCAAUAUAUUAGCUCUGUUCUUCAACCAUGUAAAAUGAAACUACGGCUGCUUGUACGCAGACAACGGGAGGUGUGUGUGUGUGUGUGUGUGGGGUAAAAAAGUUGUUGAAGGCUCCACAUUUUGUAUUAAAAUCCUAUGCCGUAUUUUGUGGAAUGUGUUGCAGUGCCUCGUGAUGGAUAUUAGAAUCAUAGAGAAAAUUCUUUGGUUAAUGAAUGACUAAUACAUUAUUUUGAUUAUAUGGAUGUGGCUGCUUUGUGUGUGUUUCACAGUUUGUUUAUUUAUUGAGUGACUGUCUUUGUUACAGCUUCUGCUUUUUAUUUUGUGAAAUGUCUGAAUCUGGCAUGGAAAAGGCAUGACAGCUGUGAAGGCUAUGAAAAAUAAAGGCAAUAUGACAAAUGUA